AUGCCGGGCGCUCCUGGCGCGUGGGCCGUGGGCCUUGCGGACGGCGUCCCGGAAACGUGCGCGUCGGAGGACACGUCGUUGGCCAGGUGGACCUUCCUGCGUUACUGCGUGCUCGGCCUGAUAUUCCUGUCGCAGGUCCUGAAGCUGCGCUGGGGCGCGCUGGCGGAGGAGCGGGAGCGGGAGCGCAGGAAGCGAGAGGGGCAGCCCAACGAGACGGACGAGUCCCCAGGGCCCUCCGACAGUCUCUUGGACAAGUCCUACAAGACGCAUCCGUACAGCGAGCACCCCAACAUGACGUUGAAGAUAGCCGAGUCUCGCUUGUUCGAAAGCGUACUGAGGGCCGGCUGCUUGUUCGUGCUGACGGAGGGCGUCGGGCUCACCAUUUAUUUCUCCAUGUCUGCCGUGAUGGACAACAUUGCAAUCUUCUUCGUCGAGGGAUCUGACGUUUGCGCGACUGUCAAGGCUGUCUCGUUGUACACCAUGGCGGUCGUUACUUUUUUACCGAAUGUAUUUCUUGGCAGCUGGUUGCAGAGGAAGAUGUACAACGAGGGCCAGUUUCCGUUCAAGGCCAAGUUGAGCAACAAGGUGUUGUUCGUUUUGAUAAUGGCAUUCGUAACUGUAGUAUCAUUCGUGGCGCGAAUGUUGCUAGUGUAUAAGGGUGGCUAUCAGAACUUCAUGGAAUGGCUGCUCAAGAAUGUCAACACUCACUGUAAGGUCGCGCUGGCUGUCGCCGUCCCCCCAAUGAUCGAUGGCAUUCAAAGUACCGCGCUCAUCAUGACGGGUAGCCACGCCAAGCCGCUGCUUGCUGACAUCAUCGAUGGUCAACGUAAUAUGAAAAAUCAGAUGGUCAAAAUGGAAGCGAAGUUGGUGGAGCUGGAAAAACGGUUGAAAAACAUCGAAACGAUUCCAGACAUACGUUCCAAGCUUGGACCUCCGGAUGGGUCGUACAGCUAUCGUACGCCCAAGGCGGAUAAUUGCUGGAUCUUUUGA